AUGGUGCACCAAAACCUGAAGCACAGCGACUCUCUGGAAUGGAACCACGUGGCCAUCGCCUUCAUGCACGGAGGCGGCAUCCGGGCGUCUAUCCCGCCAGGUGACGUCACAAUGGGAGACAUGCAGACCGUGCUGCCAUACCGGAAUACCGUGGACAUCGUGGAGCUUCUGGGGAAACAUGUCCGGGAGACUCUGGAGUUCAUGGCAUCCAAGUGGGUGAAGACCGGGAGGUUGUUCUGGGGAUUCCUCCAGGUGUCAGGUAUGCAAAUCGUUUACGACAUGCAGAAGCCGGUAGGUCAAAGGGUGGCAGAGGUGAAGGUCAGGUGCACCAACUGUUCCGUGCCCCACUACGUGGAUCUCGAGGACGCCGAGGUAUACAAGAUCGUGAUGCCAUCGUUUUUAUCAAACGGCGGAAGCGGAUAUGACGUCAUAAAUGACAAUAAGAUUCGCCUUCACCAAAUAGGAGAUCUGGACGCCGAUGUCUUCAUUGAAUACGCAAGUCGUGUAUCACCUUUGACCAUCGGGAUAGAGGGUCGCAUCAGAUUCCAGGAGACUCCAGCCACCCUCGGUGACGUCAGUAGUGACGUCACACGUGCCACACCACAACUCCUUACAUCGACGAUAGCAGUCCUACUUGUGGUGUUAUAUUCCCACAGUCAUGAGUGA